AUGGCUCCUGCCGCCGCCAUUGCUCCCUCGCCCGCCUUCCGCCUCUCCGCCAUCGCUUCUCUUUCCGCGCGGUUCCGCGCCUCUUCCCCACUUGCCGCCAUCCCCGCUGCAAGCUCCGCUGGAGUUCAGCGCCGCAAUGCCGCAAAGAGCGUUUUCGCAACGGUAGGCGACGCCGCGUCGCCAAUGGAAGUGCGACGAGGAGGCCCUCCGUCGUCGCCGUCGUUGUCGUCAGCGAGCGACGCGCGUCGCAUCCCGCGGGGAAUUGCGGCUCGUGCCGCACAGCACUCCGUCGUCGCGGCGACGGCGGCGGCGGGGGAUGCGGCGAGCCUCCCCGAGGCGCUGCUGUUCGACUGCGACGGCGUGCUGGUUGACACGGAGAGGGACGGCCAUCGCGUGUCGUUCAACCAGGCGUUCGAGGAGAAAGGGCUGGGAGUGACGUGGGACGUGCCACUCUAUGGCGAGCUGCUCAAGAUUGGAGGCGGCAAGGAGCGAAUGACCCACUACUUCAAUCAAGUGGGCUGGCCACAAGCAGCGCCCAUCGACCCUUCAGAGCGAGCAGCUUUCGUGGCAGGGCUCCACAAGAGCAAGACGGCACUCUUCAUGCAGCUUGUGGAAACGGGUGCUUUGCCCCUGCGACCAGGCGUGGCACGCCUCAUUGACGAGGCACUGGCAGCGGGUGUCCGGGUGGCGGUGUGCAGCACGUCGAAUGAGAAGGCGGUGGGGGCAAUUGUGAGAGUCAUGCUGGGGGAGGAGAGGGCGCAGCACAUGCGGAUAUUCGCCGGGGAUGUGGUUCCUAAGAAGAAACCCGAUCCGGCCAUCUACAACCUAGCUGCCACCACUCUCAGCCUCAACCCUGCACGCUGUGUGGUCAUAGAGGACAGUCACAUCGGCCUCACGGCUGCCAAGGCGGCCGGAAUGACCUGUGUCCUACACGGCGGACGAGGACUUUUCAGCGAUGCGUGUUUGACGCCAUUGGUGACUCAUAUGACUCGCACCCUGUGCUCCUGUUCUGCUGUUUCACCUACCCACCUUCCCCACCUGCCCCCCCUCCCCCUCCUUCGCCCCUCUCCCACCAGCUACACGGAAGACGAGGACUUCUCAGCAGCCGAUGCCGUGUUUGACGCCAUUGGUGACACUCCAGCUGACGGCUUUGACCUUCCAUUCCUCGCCUCGCUGCUGUGA